UGUUAAGAGUUUAGAGAGAGAGAGAGAGAGAGAGAGAGAGAGAGAGAGAGAGAGAGAGAGAGCGAAAUCAAGGCGAAUCGAAAAUGUUGGCUAGGGUUUGUAGUAGAUCGGAAUCUUCUUCUGCUACUGCUUCUGCUAGAUGGUUCAGUACGAGGUUGGGUGAUCGUCGCGGCGCCGCCAAGAAAGGUAGCAAGGUUGAGAAGAGUAAGCCUUCUUCGAGCGGAGGAACAUUUGGAGGAGAGAGUUUGAAAUUGAGGAGUGGGUUUCAUUAUAUCAAAAGCUUAGAUGAUGCCAUUGUUCUAUUCGAUGAAAUGGUUCGCUCUCAUCCCUUUCCUUCCCCAAUAGAUUUCAAUAAAGUAAUUGGUGUGGUCGUGAAGAUGGAACGUCCCGAUGUUGCGAUUUCUCUCUAUCAGAAGAUGGGAAUGUGGCGGAUUCCAGUUGAUAUCUACAGCUUCAAUAUUCUGAUGAAAUGUUUCUGCAGCUGUCAUAAGUUGCCCUUUGCUUUGUCUACGUUUGGAAAGAUCACCAAACUUGGUUUCCAUCCUGAUGUUGUUACGUUUAGCACGCUGCUCCAUGGGUUAUGUCUCCAAGACAGGAUCUCUGAAGCUGUAGUUUUGUUUGAUCAUAUGGUUGAAACUGGAUUUUCUGAAGCUGUAGCUUUAUUUGAUCAUAUGGUUGAAACGAGAUUAACACCCAACGUCGUAACGUUUACCACACUCAUGAACGGUCUUUGCCGUGAGGAUCGAGUUCUUGAAGCAGUAGCUCUGCUUGGUCGUAUGUUAGCAAUUGGUCAUGAACCUAACGCGGUUACUUACAGAACAAUUGUAAAUGGAAUGUGUAAGAUGGGAGACACUGACUCUGCCUUGAAUCUGCUUAGGAAUAUGGAGAAAAGCCACAUCAAAGCCAAUUUUGUACUCUAUAAUCCCAUCAUUGAUCGUCUUUGCAAAGAUGGACAUCAAAGCGAUGCUCAAAAUCUUUUCACUGAAAUGCUUGAGAAAGGCAUCUUUCCCAGUGUGGUUACCUACAACUGUAUGAUAGACUCUUUUUGUAGAUCUGGUAGAUGGAGCAAUGCCAAAAGAUUGUUGCGUGAUAUGAUUGAAAGGCAAAUCAAUCCUGAUAUUUUCACUUUCAAUGCAUUGAUCAAUGCAUAUGUCAAAGAAGGGAAGUUCAUUGAGGCUCAAGAAUUAUACGAGGAUAUGCUCUGUAGUGGUGUAAUUCCUAAUACAAUCACCUAUAACUCAAUGGUCGAUGGGUUCUGUAAACAUAACCGUUUAGAUGAUGCUAAGCGCAUGUUUGAUCUGAUGGCUAUCAAGGGCUGCUCUCCUAACGUAGUCACUUUCAAUAGUCUCAUAGACGGAUGUUGUAGAGCUAAGAGGGUAGAUGAUGGAAUGAAACUUCUCCGUGAAAUGUUGAGAAGAGGAUUAGUUGCUGAUACUAUUUCUUACAACACUCUAAUUCACGGGUUCUGUCGAGUGGGAAAUCUUAAGAUGGCCCAAGACCUUUUCCAGGAGAUGAUUUCUCAAGGUGUGUACCCUGAUACCAUAACUUGUAACACUUUGUUGUAUGGUUUCUGCGAAAAUGGACAGCUAGAAGAGGCUUUGGAAAUGUUUGAGGUUAUCCAAAAGAGUAAGAUUGAUCUUGAUACUGUUACUUAUAACAUCAUCAUCCAUGGAAUGUGCAAGGGUAGUAAGGUGGACGAAGCAUGGGACUUAUUUUGUACUCUCCCCAUAGAUGGUGUGGAGCCUGAUGUUCAAACUUACAAUAUAAUGAUAUAUGGGUUUUGUAUGAAAGGUACAAUUUCAGAAGCAAAUGCGUUAUUCCGUAAAAUGAAGGACAAUGGACAUGUACCAUGUGACUGCACUUACAAUACACUAAUCAGGGGAUGCCUUAGAGCUGGUGAAAUAGCUGCAUCAUGUGAACUUUUCAGGGAGAUGCGAAGCAACGGGUUGAAUGGUGAUGGAUCCACCCUGAAACUGGUUGCUGAUAUGCUAAUAGAUGGUAGAUUGGACAAGAGCUUUUUUGAUAUGCUGUCUUAG